AGCGCACUCGCCUCCCCCCACAUACAGCAGGCCAGGAGAGCAAUCGAGGCCGACAGCGCAACGGUACCAACCGAUACUUAUCCAGCAAACCACUCGCCAGGGCGUUUGAGAAUCGCGGGCCAUGUCAGACGCAAAGUAUUUCCAGAGAGGGAAGAUCCAGGAGCUCCGGGCGGAGCUCGUUUCCGACAAAAAAGACUCCAAGUUCCAGAAAAAGAAGAUCGCCAUGAAGAAGAUCGUUGCCAACAUGACCAUGGGCAACGAUAUGUCGGCUCUCUAUCCCGACGUGGUGGCUUCGAUGAACUGCCCGCUCCUCGAGGUCAAGAAGAUGGUUUAUCUCUAUCUGAUGAACUACAGUCGCUCCAGACCCGAGAUGGUCGACAUGGCCAUCAGCGGCUUCAUCAAGGAUGUCUCCGACAGCAAUCCUCUGAUCCGAGGCAUGGCCAUCCGAACCAUGGGAUACAUCCAAGUCGACAAGAUGGUCGACUGUCUCUGCGGUCCCCUGCGUCACUCCAUCAACGAUCGCGAUCCGUACGUCGCAAAGACCUCGGCUAUGGCUGUGGCCAAGCUGUUCUUGUAUGACCGCAAUCUCACCGAGAACGAGGGCUUCCUGGAGCAGCUUCGGGCCCUGCUGAACCACGACAACUCUACGGUCGUCGCCAACGCCGUUGCGGCUCUGAGCGAGAUCUCUCAGAGGUCCUCCAGCUUCGAGCUCAACUUUGACGUCCCCUUGGCCAACAAGCUCCUGACGGCAAUCAACGAGUGCUCAGAGUGGGGCCAGGCGUAUAUUCUUGAGGGCAUCAUGUACGUCGUGCCCCAGGAGCCCGGUGACGCCGAGUUAUUGGCCGAGCGUGUUGUGCCUCGUCUUCAGCACUCCAAUUCAGCUGUUGUCCUCACCGCCGUUCGUGUGAUUAUCUAUCUGAUGAACUACAUCGCCAAGGACGACGUCGUCGACCAGCUCUACAAGAAGCUCGGCCCGCCUCUUGUCACCUUGCUCCACAACGGGCCCGAGGUCCAAUACGUCGCGCUCCGCAACAUGGUGCUGAUCAUGCAAAGGCGCCCGGACUUUCUCAAGAACGAGAUGAAGGUCUUUUUCUGCAAGUACAACGACCCGAUCUACGUCAAGUUGGUCAAGCUCGACAUCAUGUUCCGACUCUCCAACGACAGCAACAUCGAUCAAGUCCUGCCUGAGCUGAAAGAAUACUCCACUGAGGUUGACGUCGACUUUGUGCGAAAGUCUGUCCGCUGCAUCGGCCGGUGUGCCAUCAAGAUCGAGAUUUCAGCGAACAAGUGCAUCGCCGCCUUGGUGGAUUUGAUCCAGACCAAGGUCAACUAUGUCGUGCAGGAAGCCGUGAUCGUAAUCAAGGAUAUUUUCCGCAAGUACCCCAACCGCUACGAGUCCAUCAUCAGCACCUUGUGCGACAACCUGGACAGCCUCGACGAGCCCGAGGCAAAGGCAUCGAUGAUCUGGAUCAUUGGCCAGUACUCGGAUCGCAUCGAGAACUCGGACGAGCUGCUCACGCACUUCCUCGGCAGCUUCAAGGACGAGCCGGCCGAAGUGCAGUUGGCGCUACUCACGGCCACGGUCAAGUUGUUUAUCAUGAGACCGACGGCCGGUCAGGAGCUGAUCCAGAAGGUUCUCAAGUGGGCCACCGAGGAUGUGGACAACCCGGAUCUGCGCGACCGCGGAUUCAUCUAUUGGCGACUGCUCUCGACUGACCCUGUUGCUGCCAAGGCGAUCGUCUUGUCCGAGAAGCCAGGCAUCUCCACCGAAACCGAAAACAUGGAGGCCGCCAUCGUCGACGAGCUCCAUCUACACAUCUCCACGCUGGCCUCGAUCUACCACAAGCCGCCCCAGCUCUUCACGGCCGGGUUCCGGGUCCUCAAGCGCCCAGGCCGCCCAGAACAUCUACGGCAACGGCUUCAUGAACAACCCGUACGUCAACGACAUUGGCCUCUCUGCUGAGCCUCAGAUCGGCAUGCCCGGAAACAACUUGCUCGAGAUCGACACCGAAGAUGCCGCGGCGUCGGACGCACACGCCUUCGGCAUGGUGGCAGAUGGUGGCUAUGGACAGUACGUCAAUCCCUAUGGCAGCCAUGCUGGCGGGACCCCCCUGGGCGGCGAUUUUGGUGGACUCCUCAGUGGCGGCGCCGCCGAUCUGGCCUCGCUCCAGCCCAAUCCGUUCCAGGGAGGACCUGGUGGCCUCUACAACGUUGGCACCGGCGUAUCGACGCCUUACGACAGCCUCGCCUCUGGCCUGGGCGCCGGUCCCGCAGGAGGGGCGUUGGCACUGGGCACGCAUCUUACCGGCCAACUCGGCGCCGGGGCAGCCGGAGCGAGCGUUCCAAACGUUACCUCGUCGAUCCCCGCUGCGC